AGAGAAUGUGACGUGAGCAACGUGUCUGAAAGUUAGUACACGUGGGAUCAUGGGAGACUUGCCCCCUUCAGCCCACAGAGGAUGAGCGUGAACAAUUUUGAGGUGUAGAUGUGGGAAAAGACUACCACUACCACACAAUAAGGUUGCGGGCUGCUGGAAUGUGAGAGGCUCACCUGUGUUUGGGCUUCCUCCUCAAAGACAGCUGUGUUUUAAUGCCCCUGCGCACCCGAGGAAGAGAGGAAGGAGACAAGAGUGAGGAAGAAGAGGCAGAAGAAGGAGAAGGAGAAGGAAAAGGAGAAGAAGAACAAGAACAAGAAGAAGUGAGAAGGCCUGGACACUACUCCUCCUUGCCCUUUGGAGGUCCGUCCACUCUCCCCUCCUGGCCCUGCAUGGACGGGGAUGGGGAGAGCCGGAUGCUGUUGCCGCGGGGCUGAGCGCCUCGCAUCCCCGUCUCUGGUGCGCCGCUUCCGGCCACUGCUGCUGCUGAUCAUCGCUCUCUGCUGCGGUGCUCACAUAGGUCAGUGCCAGGUGGCCAUCCCUCAGUGCCGUAUACAGAAGUGCACCACCGACUUCGUCUCCCUUACCUACCACCUGACGCCGGCCGUGGAUGGCUUUCACACUGAGUUUUGCAAAGCUUUACGUGCAUACUCGGCCUGCACCCAGAGGACAGCUAAGUCCUGCCGUGGGAACCUUGUCUUCCACUCUGCUCUUCUGGGCAUCUCCGACCUCAUGAGCCAGAGGAACUGCUCCAGAGACGGGCCCACAUCCUCCUCGUACCCUGAAGUUCAGCACGAACCUUGCAACUACCACAGUCGCACUCAGCAUGCUCACUCCCACUCCCACAUGCAUGCACACACACAUUCCCACGCUCACGGCCACAGCCAGGGCCACUCUCGGCCUGUUUAUCUGUUCUGCGGGCUGUUUGGGGACCCACACCUGAGGACGUUUAAGGACAGCUUCCAGACUUGCAAGGUGGAGGGGGCGUGGCCUCUUAUCGAUAAUGACUAUCUGUCAGUACAGGUCACUAAUGUUCCCGUGGUACCUGGCUCCAGUGCCACAGCAACUAAUAAGAUCACCAUCAUCUUCAAGCCCUAUGAGGGUUGUACAGACCAGAGGGUCUACCAGGCCGUCACAGACAACCUCCCUGCUGCCUUUGAUGAUGGAACCAUAAGCAGCGGAGACCCUAUCCACAUUUCUGCUGGUGCAGAAGGUGCAACUGGUAAAGUCCGGGCUCUGUGGAUCUCUGAGCGCAGCCCGGGGCACCACGUGGAGCUGCACGCUGGCUACAUAGGUGUAACUGUAAUUGUUCGCCAGCUAGGCCACUACCUGACAUUGGCGGUGCGGAUCCCAGAGGAGCUGGCUCAGGCCUACGAUGCCACCCAGGACCUGCAGCUCUGUCUGAAUGGCUGCCCCGGCGGAGAACGCAUCGACCAGGCAGGGCAUCUUCCCCUGCCCCUCACCCCUCCUGUGCUCGGCCUGCAGCUUCAGCAGCUGCGUCGGCCCAGCUACUCCUCACAAACACAAGCAUCCCACUACGGUGCCGCGCAGGUUUUCAGUGUCGAGGGGGCGAAGGAACGCUGCAGGGAGCAGCUGGAGGUGCAGGACAUUUACUUUCACUCCUGCGUGUUUGAUCUCCUCACCACCGGCGAUGCUAACUUCACAAUGGCGGCGUACAGCGCCCUGAAGGACAUGGAGAGUCUCCAUCCACACCGGGAUAGAUGGAGGAUCUACCCCCGCGGCUCUGCCACCUCCACCUUACUCUCUGAUUCUCAACCUAUAAUGCGGCUAGCUCUGCUCCUGCUGUGUGCUCUGAGCGUAGUAUUGAUGUAAGAGCGGGAGUGGGAGGCUUGUGUAGGCCUAUGUGUGUGCACUAGAGAGAGAGUUUGGGCAGAUUUUUGCUAAGCACUGAUACUGAGCACUGAUUCCUCUCUCAUGUUCAGAGGAAACAGCAGUCUGGACAAUUACUGUGAACUUUUUAGCACCAGAGAUGGCAACACUAACUGCAUCUUACCAGGCAGAAUCAGCCCUCUGCGGAAUAACACAGGUGAUGUGAUGUUGGCUUUCGCAAUCUGUCUUGACACUUGACAAUGACACAAACGUACCUGUGUGAGUGAAUAGAGUGUGUGGAUAUACACUCCAAACUGUAAAUAGCUUGUCUUCAGUGCAAAGUGUAAUGGCGUGGAGUUCAUUUUUUGUGUCAUUUGAUGUGAUUUUUUCUUUGAUACCUCAGACAGAGGAUGUUUGAUUUAACAGAAGCACUUUAUUUAGUUUUUUUGUUGUUGUUAUAACAAAUCCACAUCAGUGUUUCUUCUUCUCACUUAGUGUCCUCCAUGACAGUCUCCAAUGGCUCAAGUUGUGGAGAUCAUCCAUCAAUUGAUUUUUUUAUCCUUUCAAAGUAAAAGUCUGAUAAACAAAAGGAGCUGCCAUUUUUGCUAAAUGCAUCAUUCUUCCAAUAGCUGAUUUUACUCAGCGUCUCAUUUUAAGUCAGUCAAUGUGAGUUGUUCCCUUUUGAAUGUAUUGUGAAUAGUGUCACAGCAGAUGCCAUCAGUACUAUUUUGUUGCUGUAUGAAUUUCUUGUUUUUUUUCAGUCCUGAUUUCAAAUAUGUGCGAUUGUGUAUGAAAGUGUGUGUGUGUGUGUGUGUGUGUGUGUGUGUGUGGGGUGCGUCAGUGUUUUUUUUUUCUAUUGCCAGUUGGUGACAUGCUUGGAUGUGUUUUUAUUUCCUCUGAGAAUCAUGUCAGAGUUAUUCCCACCUUUUUGCCAAGAGGCUGUGAUGAUACCGGCUCAUGUAUGUUGCUCUCUGAAUUCUUUGUUGUUUUAAUUUGAGCCAAAGACCGAUAAUGUAUGGUUUUAUGUUAAAAGGAUGUCACAACUCACCACCAAACCAGCACUUGUCUCCUCCUCACACUCUCUCCCCUGUUUUUAAUGUUGCUCCGGUAGACUGUUUUACUCCUACUGCCAGAAUUGAUAAGCUGCUCCUUACUGGGAUACGCGUAAACUCGGCAAAUCACUGAGAACUCUACACCGUCAGCUUCAGCAGUGUGUUGUGGGAAAUGUAUGCUAUUUGAUACCUGAUAGACAUGUCAAGACUAUGAGCUUUUUUAAGAUGUAGCAUUCUGUAUAAUUAUGCCCCAUUUGGUUGGCCAUAAUCAGCUUAAUAUCAGUUUUUGGAAAUGUGAUCUCUUACAUCAUGUGUGAGUGUCAGUUUGAUGAAGAGUGACUGGUCAAUAUUGAAAUACUUAACUUAUUUAUGAACGUAGUGUCCUGUAGAGGAAGUAAAGCUCCAUAUUCUUGCUGUUGGAUAAUAAUUUAAAAAAAUGUCAGAUGUGAUUGUACUGCCACUUAGUGGUGCUCUGUUGCUUUGUCAAUGUGUUACUCAAGGUGCUCAAAAAAACAUAGAAAAAAGAAAAAACUGUGUGCAAGUGUUUUAUUUAAAAAAACA